AUGGUCAUUCUUCGACAUCUUACAGCCCAUCUGGCGGCAGGCUUGGCUGUCACCGGAGCCGUACUGGCAAGCCCAUUCAGCCACGUUGCCCGUGACGCCGACAUCGCGACCGGCUUCGUUUCCGAGCUCACACAAAACGUCACCACUAUUCACCAAGAGCAGCAGGAAACAGAGAAGCGCGGUCUCGUUUGCAGUCAGUCCUCGUCUCUGACGGUCGAUCUAGGCUAUGUCAAGUACCAAGGCCAACAGAACGCGGGUACCGGCGUCAACGUUUGGAAAGGAAUUCGGUAUGCAACUGCUGCAAGAUGGCAACCGCCGCGUCUCCCACCUCUCCAACCCAAUGGCACGGUUAUCCAAGCGACAGAACAGAGUGUCCAGUGCCCGGGUGUUUACCCAUCUGUCGGUGGUCUACCUCCCAUUCCAGGUGAUGAGGACUGCCUCUUCCUCAACGUCUAUGCCCCUUCCAAGGCGCAAAACCUCCCUGUCCUUGUUUGGAUUCACGGUGGCGGAUACGGUUUGGGAAACAGCGUCCAGGACAUGACCGAGAUCAUCAACGCGAACAACAAGGGCUUCAUUGUCGUCUCCAUCCAGUACCGCCUUGGCGCCUUUGGCUUCCUCGCCUCGCAAGAAGUCAAGAACAAGGGUGUCGUCAAUGCUGGUAUCCUCGACCAGGCCUUUGCUCUCGCAUGGGUCAAGCUGUUCAUCUGCAAGUUUGGUGGUAACCCCCUAGCAGUCACCAUCUCGGGCGAAUCCGCCGGCGCCGGCUCUGUCAUGUAUCACAACCUUGCCGUCAACGGUGCUCUGGGACCCCUGCUGUUUGACAAGUCCAUCGCCAAUUCGCCUUACCUCCCCUUCCAGUACAACUACAACGAUGCCAUCCCUACCUCGAGGUACUAUGCCUUCUCUCAGGCUGCCGGCUGCCCCAGCAGUGGGAACGUGUUCGCCUGCCUCCAGAGCAAGGACUCAGCCACGCUGCAACAAGCCAACGCCGUUGUCACCAACCAAGCACCCUAUGGCUACUGGGCUUUCUGGCCCGUCACCGACCACGCUUACAUCAUGAGUCUCGCCAGCCAGCAGCUUGCCGCCAAGCAAGUUAGCGGCCAGAAGCUUCUUGUCGGCUUCAACGCCAAUGAAGGUCCUCUGUUUGUCCAGAACAACAUCGACACCGAGUCACAGCUUGUCGACUGGCUCAAGAUUGAGUUCCCUAACCUCUCCGCGACCCAGAUCAACUCCAUCCUCGCUGCCAACCCCAACAGCAGCCCCACCAACCGCGCAGGCCCCUUCUUCGAAACCAACGGCCUUUCCGGCCCCAACGCGCUUAACAUGUCCGGAGGUGCCAACGGCCAACAACAGCGCGGCUACAAUAUCUACGCCGAAGCCACCUUUGUCUGCCCAGCCUAUUGGUUUGCCUCUGCAUUUACCGGUUCCAGCACCAAGAAGGCAUACGUAUAUCAGUACUCGGUCCCUUUUGCCACCCACGGCACCGACAUGGCCGGCUACUUUGGUCCCCAAACUGAGAACCAGUCUAACGAUUUUGUGCUUGCCUUCCGCCGCAUCUGGGGCAACUUUGUUAUGACCGGUAACCCGUCUAUCGCCAGCCAGCUUGCCAAUGGGCAGUCAACGGGGAAUGCGAGCGUCCAUCCUAUCGCGACUUGGCCGGCUUGGGGUGAGAGUGCUCCCAAGUUGGUGAACCUGAAUGAGACGGGUGGUGUGCAGUAUCAAGAGCCGACGCAGUUCGGGUACAAUGUGACGCAAUCCAAGGGUCCUGGAUUGAAGAAUGCAAUUGCCGUCGUGGACGCUAACACAUGGGAGGGAGGAAGAGGUCAGAGGUGCGCCUUCUGGAAGCAAUUGGCUCCCAGCAUUCCCGCGUAG